AUGCUGUUUGCGGCGGCCAACGCCGAUCAAGAUCCAAUCCCUUCUCUGACUGGCGCUCCACCACUGAAACUCCAUGUUACACUCAAGCACAAGUCCUCGAGGAUUCACGGUCAGUCCGAGUUCGACGUCUUCGCCAAGCCUAUCGUGUCGAAGGACGGUUCCAGAGUGCUGUACGACGGAUAUUCGACGUUUAUCGACGAGGGUGCUGCCUAUACGUACUUGUUUGUGAAUGGAGCGGGCUACGUAAUGACCAACGACACAGCUAAGCUUACCAACUCGGAAACAGUUCGGUGCAUCCCUCCGAGCGCGUUGCCAUUCCACACCAUCCUCCCAGCGCUGAAUGAACUCGUAGCAAUUCCCAGCGCAUCAAUAGGCGACGAAUCUAUCGAGUGCGGGAGUGGAAGACUGUUCAAGACGACAUUCUCUGGCGCUCGCGUCGCAGUGUGCGGCUUGGGAUCUUCGGGCCCCACCGCUUACAGCAGCGACUUCACCAUCCAAGUGAAGUACCUCAAUAACCUCUCCGCACCAGCGUUGAAUCGGACGAUUUUGACUUGUCCUACUGAAGCGAAUUCUAUCGUUAUGACACCGACUGCCGCAGCGUUGCUUACUGGUAAUGCUUUUCCGCCUACCAGCUCGAGGAAUCUCAAGAUCACAGAGCACAUGGCAAUGGAGGCAUCGACAUGCAAGUGCAAGUCGAAGCCUCGACCGUGCGUCUUCUUUCACGGAAUUGGCAACUACCACGAAAUGGAAGAGCUGCAAGAUACUCCUAAGAACACCAGCGGUAGAAUGGGGAAUAUGAACGACCACGCGCCGUGCUGCACCACGGUCAAGUACGCCGUCCUGAACACGAUGGACUACAGCUGGACGAGCGACUCGCUGCAGCAGAAAUUCUGCGAUCGCGCCCUCAGAUUGAGCGAAACCAGCGACGCAGAGUCGGGGAUUAUCGAAGACACGGUGGUCGUGACCCACUCGAUGGCUGGACUCGUGAUGUCGAUGGCUCUUGCAACGGGCAAGUGCAGCUUCGGGGAAGGCUCGUCGUGGGUUGCUAUCAGCUCUCCAAUGACGGGGACCAUGGCUGUCGACUACUUUCAGGACUUCUGCAACGACGAGAUCAGUGCCAUUGCGACGGAAUUGCUGGACGCCAUUGGCCAAUGUCCGAUGCCAGUUUCUAGACGAUCGCUGAUGUAUGAGAACGGGAAGUACGCGACCAAGAAGUUGAAUGCGGCGUAUGCUGCUGCUCAGGAAGCAUACAGAGGGAAUGUCAGUGCUGCGAUGUGCAGUGACAGCUACGUGGGCCUCUUUUCCGUGUACCGGCCGAUCAUGAUCGCGGCCGGGAAGUUUGUUCCACACAAGUCUUCAGAAAACGACGGCUUGGUGGAGUAUCAAAGCUGCGCGAGGGGGAUUAAGACUAAAGGUUUCGGCAAUACUUACAAGGAUACAUUCUAUACAGCGAAGUUGAACCAUGCCGACAUGGUGUUCUUGAACGGCGACGGACUGUUUGGGGAUUCGAGGAAGCCGGUGAAGUGGUUUGAGUGCCUGCUGUAG